CACCCGCGGCGGCGACGGCACGAUGCCCUUUGACUUCAGGAGGUUUGACAUCUACAGGAAGGUGCCCAAGGACCUUACCCAGCCGACGUACACCGGAGCCAUUAUCUCCAUCUGCUGCUGCGUCUUCAUCCUGUUCCUCUUCCUCUCAGAGCUCACUGGAUUCUUAACGACGGAAGUCGUGAACGAGCUCUACGUCGAUGACCCAGACAAGGACAGCGGGGGCAAAAUCGACGUCAGCCUGAACAUCAGUUUACCCAAUUUGCACUGCGAAUUGGUUGGGCUCGACAUCCAGGAUGAGAUGGGCAGGCACGAGGUGGGCCACAUCGACAACUCCAUGAAAAUCCCCCUGAACGGCGGGGCGGGCUGCCGCUUCGAGGGGCAGUUCAGCAUCAAUAAGGUCCCAGGCAACUUCCACGUGUCCACACACAGUGCCACGGCCCAGCCACAGAACCCAGACAUGACCCAUGUCAUCCACAAGCUCUCCUUUGGGGACACACUACAGGUCCGGAACGUCCAUGGAGCUUUCAACGCUCUCGGGGGAGCAGACAGGCUCACCUCCAAUCCCCUCGCCUCCCACGACUACAUCUUGAAGAUCGUGCCCACGGUUUACGAGGACAAGAGUGGCAAGCAGCAAUACUCCUACCAGUACACGGUGGCCAACAAGGAGUACGUCGCCUACAGCCACACGGGCCGCAUCAUCCCCGCCAUCUGGUUCCGAUAUGACCUCAGCCCCAUCACGGUCAAGUACACCGAGAGACGGCAGCCUCUGUAUCGGUUCAUCACCACGCCAAAGAGUCACAAAGGAAGCCUGCGACUUGCCACCUGUACUGUAGGGCCCAAGUCCAAAGACAGACAUACCAUCCAGUGCCACCUCGUGGCUGCACUUACUUCCCCACGUGCUUCAGAUGUGGGGACCGUGACCUUCUUAGGACGAGGGACGGAGGGAUGGCCAUGACUGAUCAUCUCCUCGGAUGAGUCCAGAUGUAAUAGCCUCCCGGUGCUUGGGCUUCUGUGACCACCCAGAUGUCGAAAUCCGGGAGGAGCCCCGUGGCCCGAGAGCGCCCCAGGACCCCUCUCCUCACGACCCUGCUUCACCUCACACUAGUCUCCACCUGUGCAUAUGAGCGUGUCAGCAUCUCAGGGAAGUCACUUCAGUGCCACUUAAAUGUGGCCUGUGGGGAAGAGCGAAAGCUCUGAAGGCAGACAAGCUUGGCUCUGCGACACCUGCUGUGUGACCUUGGAGAAGUUGUGUCCCUCUCUGGGCCCCACGGGUACACGAGUGAGCAGGCCAGAGGCAGAAUAACGAGAGCAGGGGCCGCGGCAACGUCAGACGCGCCGUGAGAUGUCUUUCCGCUUUCGAGGCCAUCCCCCUCAAAUGUGCCAGGAUUCUCCCUCCUCCGAGGACCCGUGACCAGCACCUUCGACAGAGGUAGAUGGUGGGGGACAGGCCGCUGGACUGGGAAACCAGGCUCACACAGAGCUCGCCACAGGGCUUCCUCCGUUGCUUAGCAGCUUCCACACUUCCAGGGCCUCAGUUUCCUUGCAGCUGUGUGGGUUUUUUGUGAACCUCAAGGCAUGUGUUGUCCCUUCUGCUCCGGGCCGGCCCAGUGAAGGGAGGCUUCAGACCGGGCACCAGGUGUGUAUGAGUCAUAGGGCUACUCGAGUUACAAAGUGUGUAGAUGAAUAUAGAUAUGUGUGUGUGGUUAUUUUUUAUUUUUUAUUAUUUGCACUUAAGUCACAUUUUCCUAUGCUUGAUCCAAGCUCUAAAAGCAUUUUGUGGUAUAAAAAUCUCUCAUCAUCUGAUCCACUCCACCAAAAUAAACCAGCUCCCCUGCCGUCAUCUCCCUCGAAAAGUGCCCCUAUGUCAUGCUCUGGGGCUGGCAGGCAGAGGCCUUGCCCACUGAAGACACUUCAUCAUAAUCCCCCCAGCGCCCCCAGCCUCUCCACUCCCUGGGGGGGCUGCUCCGGUUUCUUGGGCUGUUAUUACUGGGAUGCCAGCUGCUCCACUUACGACCCAUCAGUACAGACCUGCUCUGUCUCACAGGCCUCUGCUUAGCUCAUCUAGUGGAAAUAUCAUUUUAAAAAUAAAUGCCGGUUCGAUUCGCUCUU